AUGAUAAAUUUAUGCAGAUCUCCAAAGUUUAGUGAUAUAACUGAAAAAAAGCCAAAUCCAGGCCCUGGAUAUUAUAAGCCAUCCUCAAUUUAUAGAAAAGGCAGUUCUUUUAGCUUUUCUCAAUCAGAUCGAAGUGUCAGUCUUCUAACAGCCCACGAUUUUGAAGAUCUCCCAGGCCCAGGGACUUAUUCUCCUACACAAAAAGGUGUAAAUCAUUCGAUGUUUGCGUUUAACUCAAACUCUCCCAGAUUUCAAGGUGAAAAAGAGCGCAGCCCAGGCCCAGGAACCUAUUUAAUUGAAGAUCAGCCAAAAAAUAAGCCUUCACUAAAAACUGUUCAUAGGAUAACAAUUCAUCCUGCGCCAGUUCCUGUUUCAAUUCCUCUAUUAGAAAGGCAAGAAGUUUCAAGAUAUGAUGGACAAGUUUUAAAAGCAAGCCCAGCUGAAUACUAUUCCAGUUCAUACUCCCAGUUAAAUUAAUUUUUUUAAUUAAAAUAGUGCUUUAUAUAUAUAAUUUGGUAUAUAUUUAUUAAAAAACAAUAUGAACUUUGUUUUUUCCUACUUUCCUUAAUUUUAUAUAAAAAAAUAAAGUUUUUCUUAAUAUUUCGAAUAUUUUUAAAACCCUUUAUAUAAGACUAUCCAAAAUUGUCUCAAACCAAACCAAACCUUGGAGUAAUUUUAUUUGGGAAAUCUAAGCAUGAAAGAAAUUUAUGAGACAAAACAAACCCUUUUACCAAAAUCCCAAGCAGAGAAAACGUAGGGCCUGGAAAAUAUGCAGCUGAAAAAGAGAAAGAGAAAUCUAAGCUUUCAGAAAGAGAUUUUAGCUCAAAGUCACCAAGAUUUAAGGUAGCUGACUCAAAUCUUCCUGGGCCUGGAUAUUAUGAUCCUAAUAUAGAAGUAGUAAAACCAAGCUCGCAUAGUGUAAUUGCUAAUAAAUCGCAGAGAAAUAUUGAUUAUGGACCAAAAAGAGAAGGAGUGGAGCCAAAACCGACAAAAUUUAAAGCAAAACCAAGACAGCCAAGCCCAAUUUUUAAGUCAGGUACAGCAAGAGAGUGCAUAAAACCAAUAACGAGAACACAAAUUGGCCCAGGAACUUAUGAAGUAGAAAUAGGUGGCUCUUCGUUAAGUUCGUAUAGUUUCUCUAUGGAAUCACGGUUUAAAUCAAUAAAUUCUCGACACGAAUCCCCUGGACCUGGGACUUAUAAUGCCCCUAAAGCAAAAAAGCAAGCCUCCCCAAUGAACUGAAAAUCUCCAAGAUUCCAGCCUACAAGUGACCAAUAUAUACAUGUUGUAGGUGAUACCAAAACUCCAGGUCCUGGGAAUUAUACUAGUUUUUCACCUUGGAGUUCUCAAAGGAACCAAGCUGCUCCAUUUGGAAGCAAAACUCUUCGAGUUGCAGAAUUUUUGGAUGGGGCUGAAGAAAACCCUGAUCCUGGAAUUUAUCGUACAGCUGAAAGCUCUCGGAAAAGGGGAGCUACUAUUGGCUCUGAGGUUAGAUUUAAAGGAGGAAUAGGCAGUUAUAUAAAGGAAACCCAGUAUGGCAACCAAGUAGGCCCUGGAUCAUAUUCGCCAAAGCGAAGUCUUUCAAAAAGAACUCAUAAUAUAUCAUGGCUGAAUUAA